AACCGAGAGCUGAUGGAGCCAGAUGAGAAAGGCAGGAGGCGAGCCCCUCCGGUUGCGCGUCAGCAUCCCCUCAAAUAGGAAUCCGCCGCUGUCACUUCUGCUCCACAUACAGAGGGACGGACGACUGUAACCCCGAUACAACAACUAAAGGCGAAUUCCGUUUGGCAUGCAGCUGUUUUUUUCAUGUGAUGUCAAAAGAAGAAGAGUAAGGUGAGGCUGUGAGGAGGCUGGAGCUUGGCAAAGAAUGAUAGUGAGGAUCAAGGCGCGCUGUCCCAGGAGAACUCAUCUGAAGAGCUGGCCCUGAGAGACCGGGAUGCUCCUCUAACGCACCGGGGGGCGAGUUUUCCUGAGCAGACGGGCUGUGUGACAGAGUUUGAGCUCGAGUGGAAGUGAGUGAGUAAGCGAGAGGGAGUGGGUGUCAUGGAUGACGUUGAAGGGCCAAAUGACCCUACCUACAAAAACUUGCUGCUCCUGGGAGCCAUCGCAGCAGCAUCCGCCUUUGUGGUCACCAUCCUUAUUGUCCUUGUCUGCGUUGGCUGCCAAAGAAAAAGCAAGAGCAAGCACCCCCCAGCCGGAGAGAAAGGGACAUCUGUAAAUAUGCAGGGUACUCUUCGACACCCAAAACUGAACUCCAUGAGCAAGUCUGACACCAGGCUGCAUGAGAUCAAUCGCUUUCCCUGCAAUGGAAACUCUGUUAGUAAGAGCCGUCCAGCCAGUAUGGACCUCCUGCUCCUCCACAGUCGGCGCUCCCAGACAGACCUGAGGCCCUCCCAUGGGCGCCAGCUUCCCCAGAUCCCCACCAGUCCUCAGGGACCUGGCCAGGGGGGAGGAGGGGAAACAGGAGAUGGCGGAGGAGGAGGAGGUGGAGGAGGUGGAGUAGGAGGGGAGGCUAGAGACCACACCUACACCGAGGUGGGCCUACGGAACAACCCCACACCCACCCACUGCCUGGAUGAUGGCCUGUAUGAAAGUGUAGGUGUCCGGGAAGGUGACACAGGCCCCAAGGUACCCUCUGCCCCGCCACCCACAUCAGCCAACACGCCAGCUACAAUCAGAGCUGCCCAACCACCCACAUCAGACCAACGACGUCCUCACUCUAAACUUAAUCAUGAGCUGCCCAAAAGCCCCCAGCUCAGACCAUUAUGGAGCUGCAGACUAUUUUGUCAUUUUGUCUCACAGGGUGGCAGAGGGAAUGGAAGGAUGAAUGGCACCAUCAACGGACCAAUGACAGUAAGAGGUAAUGGUGCGAGUGGGGUCAACAGGUCCCCUCUGUCUUCUGUCAACUCCCUGGCCAUCCAAGAGCCAACUGCAGCUGAGUAUGCUUCUAUACGGAAGUUCAGAAAGGUUGACAAGACAAACAGGAAGGAAAAUAACGGAGCCGACAGCCAGUCAGACAGCCAGUCAAGUGUGAGUGAUUCACCCUCUGCAGCUCCCCCUCCACUACAUCGCAGUCAGGAGUUUCCGCGCAAACCACUGGAACCGUUUCACCUGCACUCCUUCCCAAAGGAGGCAGUGUUCAUAGGCAACGGGGAGCAGUACAUCUGGAAGCCUCCAGAGGAAGAUGACAUCAUCACCUUGCACCCACCUCCACUCCGCGGAGAGAAUGGCCAGGGGCAUCCAUCUCCCCCAACUGCGAAGGAGAUUGCAGAUACCUACUCCAUCGUUUGUAAAACCCAGAAGAAGAAACCUCCCAUGGAAAACAACGGAUCGAAGACCCUCCCACGCUCCUUUGGUGGAGAGAGAAACGCAGGUUCCCGCGGCCGAGGCCGAGGAGUCCAGGGCCAGGCGCGUUCCCAGGAGGAGCCGUGCUAUGAGCCGGUAGGAGACAGGUCAUGGUCCACAUGUGCAAUGGCCGAAUCUGACCCCGCGUACGCUACUAUCGACAGCCACCGGAAACGUGAGCAGGCGGGUACCAAUAACAACACAGCUGGGGGUAGCGCUACUCUGAAGAGGAAGAAGCAGACGCCACCGCAGCAGGCAGCACCAGUGGCACCUCAGGGCUCAGGACCCACCGCCCUGCCUGUGAGAAGCCUGCCCGGUGGGGAAAACUUCUAUGAGACCAUCAGCGAUGUGAAACAAGGGGCCAACAGCUCUAGCACCACCACCAUCUUCACCUUCAAUGAUGGGAUGGAGAUGUACGUCACUGGCCUGUAGCUGACUGACAAAAAAGCAAAAAAGGCCCAGAACCCACUGGUGCAGAGUCAUGAAAGGGACCCUCCUGUUCACCGGUCAACAGGUUGCUGUAUAUAGAUACAAGGCCCUCAAUAGACAAACAACAUGAGGAUCCAUUUUGUGAUGACAUCAGGUACAAACAGGGUCUUAAUACAGGUUCAGACUUCUUUUAAUUGGUCUGUACUUCAGAACCAGCCUAAGUCUAGUCCAGCCCAAAAAUGGACCAAAUAUGUUUUAACAAAAAAGAAGAAAAAAAGAGAUAAGAAAAGUGGAAUAUACAUCUUCAAACUACUGUGUCACAGACCAUACUCACCUGUUUGUGCAUCAUUUUCCAUAAUAUCUUUAUUUUUAUAUGAACACUGUACUCUUUAAAGAGUAUGUGGUGUAACUCACAACCUUUAAUAUAUAUUAAAAAAUAAAUGUGCAUGCAUUGUGCAAACACACACCUGAAAAUAAACAGUAGUAGCGAGGAAACUGGUUAUAUUAGCAGUAUGAGGCACACUGUUAGCUAUUGUCAUCCAUAUACACACACUUAAACACACAUAUGCCUCAUCUUGGGGGGACUUAUGUAAUAUAGGCAGAUGGAUGUCACAGAGAUUUGCUCUCCCUAAGCAAACAGCUUAAACAGGUUCUCUGUGCGCACCGGCCGGUUGCCUGGCAGACAGCGUUGUGGUGCUUUGUUCAAAGAUAGUUCAGAAUUUGCAGGCCUGCCCAAACACAGAAGUAAUUCAAAGCUAUAAUCCCCAUUUGCCAGUUUACCAUCGAUGUGCCCUAAACUUAUUAGCAGUUAUCAAUAACAGCCAACAUAAAGAGUGACUUUUGAUCAAUAAUGUAGCCUUCACAUUAAUUAUGAGAUUAGUUAAUAAUCCACGGCACAGAUUUGACAAACAUCUGUAGCCAGAGGCAUGACGACACACCCAAGUAUACAUAUACACACAUUCUUGGCAGAGUCAUGGCUAAAGUGAUCAGGUCAGGGACAUUGAUGAGUGGGUUAUGCAAGAAUUUCCCCAGAGUGAUAUGGGUGACAGAUUUCACAAUGCAAGACCUUUACUGUAUUACUAUAAAUACAUAUAAUAUAAAUAUAAUAAAUGAGAGAAGAAUAUUUUCAAAAAUAAGGAAGUGAAAGAGUGAGAAUGUCCAAAAUAAUACAGGAUGCUUCAUCCUGUGUAGUUAAUAUGCCAUGUCCUUUGGGCGCUGUGAGCAUCUGAUUUUAUGACCAUUGUAAUUUUGCACUUGACAGCUGCGGGACUGGUUGGCUUAAUUGUGCAUUAACAUACUGUAAAGGGCGUUUCUGAGCACUGUUCUGAUUCGCUCUCAGGUCUCAAGUCAAAGCCAGAGCUCCCCAUAGCUCACCCGACUAAAGUCUGGUAGUUGAAAUAGCAACAGAAGGCUUGGACUCCAAGGAAAAUAAAGAGCUGGGCAUAAAAAUUACCAGUGAGUGUCCUUUGGAAGGUUGCCCCUUGCCCUUUCCCCACCCUUGUCUCCAGCCUCUGCACUGAGUUCUCUUCCAUUACAAACAAUGUCUUUCCCAUGUAGCUUUGGGGAACAUUAAAAAAGAAAGAAGAGUGGAAGAAAACAAAACAUUAGAGGCUUAAUAAAUGGGCAUAAAGAGGUGAAGAGGGAUACAAACUGCUCACAGGCUGAGAGAUGAAGGGUGCAUUAGAAUGAUCUCACUGUGAGACAACCAUGCAAAGAGAAGACAAGUUUAGAAAGGUUAGUAACAUGAAUUUAUAAAUGUUACUGUGUCAGAUGGUAUGUAAAAACAAAUGCACUCUGUAUUUUAAUGCACUGUUUAUUUUUUCUUACCUACUGACAAUACCAUUGGUUGAAUAGCUCAUGCCACUGCCAUGGAAAACAAUACGUUUAUGUUGUUGGUGCAACUUUUUCCUGCUUGAUCAAAAAAGUGCAUGCUUUGAUAUGUGGAGAUGAAAACAAAUAUCGUGGUACUUUAAUUGAUCUCUUGUUUGUUAAUCUUUUCUGUUGUACUUUUUUUCCAUGUGAUGCAAAGCAGCAUUUUGUUUUUUUCCAAAGCAACAACUUGGAAGAGGAGGAGGAGGAGGGGAAAGAAAUAGAAAGAUAGAGAGAAGCCAAAGGGAGUUUGAAGCAGAGAGUUGUUUAUCCUCCGCUCUGGGGGAGCAAGAAAGAGUGAUAGAGGUGAGGAGGGAGAAGAAGAACAGCUUAGUAUAAAGCUGGAUGAGGAUCACUGUAAAUGGACACAGCCAAAGGACCCUCCUCCUUCCGAUAUGUGUUUUUGCGUGCGUGCACACACACAGGCACACACCGGCAGGCACACACACACACACAUACACACACACUGCAAAAUUGAGCCAUGUGCAUUUAGGGGAUAAAGCACACUUUGCUUCCACUUGGUUAGCCCUUGCAUAUACUCCCUCCCCCAGCUGUGGUCAUCCUCUAAUAACCGACACAGACCUCUCUUUUCUCUGCUUCACCUCUCUCCCUCGCUGUGCAGGGGAGGGGCCUUUGAUGUCCAGUUCUGAGGGACUCAGGGAGAGAUAUGAGGUUGAGGAGAAGGGGGGGGCGGGGGGGCGGCAGGGGCUGUGGGUCAGGCCAACCCCAGUCUGAUAUCAACAAUGCACCAACGGCUCAACUACUGCCUGAUAUGAGAAAUGGCUAACAGCUGAGACGCUUAACAAGCUCUGUUGAGGCUUCCCCGAGACAAUGCUGGCUGGAACCACUAUCACACCUAAUCCUUUUUCUCUGGCUGUCACUUUAUGUGUCACAUUUUCUUUAUCCUGAGAGAAAGCACUGAUCUGAUAUAUUUUGCUGAACACUGUUAUACACUGAUCGAGACAGAUGUUCAUUGCACAAACAAAUACAGUAUGAUGAUGUAAAUGUGUAAAAUACUCUGUUGCUGUUCUGAUGUUGUUCCAAUGUAACAUACAGUAUACAGUAUAUUUGUUGAAAAAAAAAAAAGAUGGUUAUCACAGACACAUUGUACUUGUGGAUGCAAAAUGUUUCAUGCUUUCCAUGCAGAUACAGAUGCUGUUUGUUAAUUGUCUACAGAUAUAAUUAUGGGCCAAUACUGCUGUGACAGCUGUAGCCAAUGUUGUAUGUUCUUAAAGCACAGGGUUUAGUUUAAAAAAUAAUAAAUAUAAUAAAAUAUAGUGUGACAGUGCAGAUAUGCAAAAGAUUGUAAUGUUUUAUAUUAACCUUCAUAAAAUAUUAAAGUGAGUUUUUACUUUUCUAAUAAAGUGGCACAUUACAACGUG